AUCUUAAAAGAAGCCAGAUGCAAAUGGAUGCAAAGAAGUCCAGAAAGAGCACGUGUAUAGACCGGGAAAUAGUUUUUCUUUUCGUUCUCUGAAUUGUAGAAUACAAAGUGUCUUCGUUGUCCAUUAUCUAAAAAAACAAAAAAAUUGUGUUGCUCGUAUUCAUUUCUAUAAAUCACGAUAGAAUAUUUAAACAUGGAAAAACAAGACGAGCCAGAGAAGAAAAAUGUCGACGAUGAUCACUCGAAUAACGACGCUACCCCCGAGGUUGCCGAUGACCACGCGAACGACGACGCUGCCGCUAAGGUCGCCGAUGAUCACGGGAACGACGACGCUGCCGCCGAGGUCUGCGCCGAUCACUUGAACGGCGAUACCGUCGCCGAGGUUAAUGACGAUGCGUCGAUUCUUGAUGCGGAACAAAUACAACGGACAGAAGAAGUGGAAAAAGCAAACGGAAAAGAUCCCACAGAAGAAGAACCAUCCGAGGAUCUUUUGGCGAAGAUUAAGGCACAAGUAGAGUAUUACUUUGGCAAUGUAAAUAUGCAAAGGGAUAAAUUUCUCACUGUCCAAACAAAACUGGACGACGGCUGGAUUCCAAUGACAGUCAUGUUAAAUUUUAAAUUGUUGGCUGCUCUUACCAAGAAUGUUGAUGUUAUUCUGAAGGCUUUGGAGACAAGUGAUCUCAUGGAGAUUUCUGACGACAGGAAAAAAAUACGUCGCUCGCCAAAACAUCCCCUUCCUGAAUUUAAUGAGGGAUACAGGAAGGCUCAGGAAGCACGAACAAUUUAUGCCAAAGGGUUUCCAUUAGAUAGCACUAUCGAAAACCUGAAAACCUUCUUUGAACCAUACCAACCAUAUGAAACAAUCGUGAUGAGAAAGUUUCAAGAUAAAGAUAAAUCUUAUCAUUUCAAAGGCUCUGUUUUCGUGCAAUUCGAAACUCUCGAUGACGCAAAAGCAUUUAUGGAUUUAGAAUCUGUAAAAUAUAAAGAUACCGAAUUAAUAAGGAAAUGGUCUACGGAUUACCUCACAGAAAAAGCACAGCUGAAAGAAGAACGUAGGAAAAAGAAAGAUAAAACGACAACAUCAACUAUACAAGAAAAGGAGACUGAGGAAGAGGAAGUAGAAGAAAUAUCUGUAGAAAAUAAUAAGUUGCCAAAAGGUUCAAUUAUUUAUUUAUCUGGUGUUUCCAAGACAUGUACAAGAGAAGAUAUUAAAGAAUCUUUUUCCAAAUUUGAUGCUAAUAUUGCAUACAUCGAUUUCCAAAGAGGAAAUACAGAAGGUUGGGUACGUCUGCAAGGAGCAAAUGCUGCUAAACCUGUGUUAGAAAAAACAAAUGAAGGCAAAAUGGUAAUCCAAGACACUGAAAUUACCUGCAAAAUCCUUGAGGGUCAGGAAGAAGCAAAGUACCUCGCUAAAGUGAUGGAAGAGAUGAUGAGCAAAUCGAAAAAUAAAUUAAAUAAAGCCAAGCGAGGUGGUAAGAAAGGCCGCGGGGCGCGAGCUGGAAAAAAGAGAGCGAAUAGUCCUUCACAAGAUCUAGUUCCAAACAAAAAGAAAUGCGUCGAAAAUAAGAUUGAUUCCUAAAACCAUUAAAGUUAUAAGUGUACAUUACACUGUAUUUUCAAUGUAUUAACAAAUUAUACAUAGGAGAGAAACACUCAUUUAUGUCAGAAAACGAGUUAGUUUAAACUUUGUUAUAUUUCCUAUUAAUGUAUAUUAUUUUAAGUACUUUGAAAAUAUAACUUCAUCUAUAUUUGAUUAAA